AUGUUAACAAAAAGUAUAAGACUAUUCAGACAAUUUAGAUUUUGUUCAUCUCUGGAAGAAAUUACUAAAAAAUAGGCUGAAUGGUAAAGCAUAGCGAAAUAGAAAACAUAAUAGUAAAUAAACAAUUAAUGUCAAGACAAAAAGAAUAUUUAGAAUAAACAUUAACACAAGAUCAAAAAACACGAGUGAAGGCAAUAGCUGAUGCAUGUUGUGAAUUAGAUCUUUUCGAAUUGUAAUGUUUAAUGAGUUUGCUGAAUGAAAAUCACUACAAGGCUCAAGGCAUUGGCAUCUUUGAGCUUAAUUCAAAUUGGCCUGCGAUCAAACAAAAUGAAGUACCAACUUGGCCUCCAAAGGAGAAAGAAUAGAUUGAAGCUUAUAUGAAAGAUCUCUUUGGAGAGAACGUCGUAAGAGAUUCAUUAAUUAACUUAGCCUGAUUUCAAAGCUAUUUUCGGUGGUGUAGGAUCAAUGGGAAGUUAAGCUUCAUCCCAAAGUGCUGCCACAAAAGAAGCACCAAAGCAAGAGGAGAAGCAAGCAGAAGCUGCACCAAAAGCUGAGGCUGAGGUAAUUAUGUAAGUAAAAUCAAGAAAAAAAAUUACGAUGUCGAAUUGAGUGCUAUUGAUGCAGCUCAGAAGAUCAAAAUUAUCAAAGAAGUUAGGUAUUUUUUGAAUGAUAUCAAUUUAGGUAACUGCUCAAUUUGGGAUUGAAAGAAGCCAAGGAUUUGGUUGAGAAAUUGCCAGCAAGUUUAGGAAAGCAGGUGCCUAAGGAGAAAGCCAAUGAAUUAAAGGAAAAGUUAACAGCAGCAGGAUGUACAAUAAGUUUGAAGUGAAAAUCAUUCAUAUAUAAAAC